AUGAACGGCUCGCUGAACACGUCGGGGGGCGGCGAGGCGGGCUGGCAGCCCGAGGCCGUGCUGCUCCCGCUGGUCUACUCGCUCAUCUUCCUGGUGGGCACGGUGGGCAACGCGCUGGUGCUGGCCGUGCUGCUCCGCAACGGGCAGGUGCACAACACCACCAACCUCUUCAUCCUCAACCUGGGCGUGGCCGACCUGUGCUUCAUCGUCUUCUGCGUGCCCUUCCAAGCCACCAUCUACACGCUGGAGGGCUGGGUCUUCGGGCCCUUCCUCUGCAAAGCCGUGCACUUCUUCAUCUACCUGACCAUGUACGCCAGCAGCUUCACGCUGGCCACCGUGUCCCUGGACAGGUAUUUGGCUAUAAGAUACCCUCUGCACUCCAGAGAACUAAGGACCCCCAGGAAUGGUCUCACUGCCAUUUGCCUCAUCUGGGGUCUUUCCUUUAUUUUCUCUGGUCCCUACCUCAGUUACUAUGAGGAGUUCCAGACAGCCAACCUCACUGUCUGCCAUCCCAUUUGGAAAAUCUCCCAACGCAAGAUCAUGGAUCUCUGCACAUUCAUCUUCAGCUAUGUUAUCCCAGUGCUGAUCCUGAGCCUCACCUACGUGAGGACCAUCCGUUACCUCUGGACAUCUGUGGACCCCAUUGAAAACAUGUCUGAGUCCAAGAAGGCUAAGUGCAAGGUCACAAGGAUGAUCAUCAUUGUAGCUGUCCUCUUCUGCCUCUGCUGGCUGCCCCAUCACCUGGUCAUCCUGUGCGUCUGGUUCGGUUACUUCCCUCUCAACCAUAACACCUAUGUGCUUAGGAUCCUUUCACACCUGAUCUCUUAUGCCAACUCCUGUGUUAACCCCAUCGUCUAUGCCCUGGUCUCCAAACACUUCCGCAAGGGCUUCAAGAAGAUCUUCAUCUGCCUCUUGCACAAGAAGGUGGCCAACAAGGUUCAUGUCGCUCAAGCGACCAACACGGUCAGCACCUUAGAGGCAGAUCUGACAGAAGUAACACACAUCAGCGAGCCUCCACAUGCCAGGUCCUCCACCUGCUGCCAGUUCCCAGCCCAAUCAUGGGGGGAGGCAGAACUGGUUGGACGUCCACAGAAAACAGCCACCUCCUUCAUCACCUUCAAUGUCACCUAAUGGAAUUUUGUUUCUUUCAGACUUUGAAAGAUCUUCUGAGUCCAAGACAGUUUCAUGGGGACCUGUACAGGACUUUAGGCUUAAACAGACCUCAUAUGGCUCUCCCCAUUUACCAUUAAAAUGCUCAAGCAGGUAUUUCACUCUUAGGGUGAUGCUGGUUUCUAGCCUCUUAGGCAAGAGAAUGGCCAAGAUUUAUACAGAGAAUAUGGUUUUAUGGAUGUCCCGUCAAGAUCACGUGGCUCCAGCAAUCAAAAUCUACUUUCUCCCAACCAAUUUUCAUGCACAAUAGCAUAUUAUUUCCUGCCUUGUUCUAAUGGCCAGUGAGUGGGCUGUUUUUUAUUUUCUAUUUUAACCCUCCCAGUAAGACGCGAGUGAUUUGAUUUCCUUCAAGGAUUUUAAAGGUCAGAAAUAAUUUUGCUUUUUCAAUGCAGGGAAAGGGUUUAUGGAAGCCAUGUCUUAGUUCACCUGCCAUAGGACUAGAAUAAU